GGGACGAGCGGUUGGUUGGUUUGGUUGAUGAUGAUAUUACCUUAAGUGACUGGAUAGUGGAUGUUCACUAUAUUUUUAAAGUUUAGUAACAAAGCACAAGUUUUGUAUAGAUGCAUAGAUUUGUAAACUUUUUAAAGUAGGCCUUUGUCAAUACAGUUUUGACUGAAUAGUUUUUUAAUGGGUCUCAAAAGUUGUUUGUACCAACGAGAGUUAUUUUUGUUAACCGUUCAUAGCAUUCCCAACCCCAACAUUUAUUCUGAGUUUCAAUUUUGCUGUAUUAUUUUUAUAAUGGGUGAAUUAGAUUACAUUAACGUAUUCUAAAAGUUUUCACAACUGUUGGCCUGGUGAGAAGUUAGUGGAAGUAUUGUUCUGGUAAUGGGUUUCGUGAGAUGCGUGUACAAGAAUUAGGUCCUACACCAUGUGUAAAAAUGUCAGAAGAAAGAAAUAGGCCUGUGAAUGGAGAUGUGUCUACUGGUGGCAUAAAAAAAGAGUUACAAGACACUAAUGGACCUCCGAGUCCUUGUUUAAAUACUAAUUGUGAUUCCGAUAAUGUUAGUUCCAUAAGUGGUGGAAGACUUAAGUUUUUUAAGGAUGGAAAAUUCAUUUUGGAGCUCUCUCAUCGGAAAGAAGGAGAGAGGACAUGUUGGAUUCCUGUCCCAAAAAAGACAUUCUGGCCAGCUGUUGGAACUCCAAAACAGGAAUGCUCCACAUCGCUUAGUGUUUCUGAUGACAACUCAUCCGUUCAAUCCUCUCCAUGGCAACGAGACCAUUGUUGGAAGCAAACUGCUCCUGUACACAAUGCAGGGCGAGGGAUGGAGUUUGUGAUGCUGAGACGAAAAGGUCACAGAUUAAAAUACACACCAAAGAGUGUACGUCGCAAAAGAAGACGCCCUUACGACACUAGCACAGUUGAUUGGAAUGAAAGGCUCCUUCCAACAGCCACAGUCAAGCGAGAAAACACAAAAAUUAAUUCGGUAACUCAAAUGUUGUGGGAGCGGGUAGUAAGAGCCGAUCCUGGAAUUGUAUCACCACGAAAAAGGAUUUUGAGGGAGCUGGAGAAAGUGACUCUGGAAGACCAGAACAACUCAAAGCGUCAGCGUGCGCGGCCAAGUCCUGAGCAACCCAAGCCUUCAGCUGUCGGUAGCCACAGUAUCACAUCCAUCCUGGCCCGUGAAGACGAACCUUCCUUCUUACGUAGUCUCCUGCGCUCGUCUCCUCCUCCUCCUCCUCCUGUUCACGCACCCACCAUUCAUCCUUUGUACCCUUACUCCUCACCUUCUCCAUCAUACGUGUCUCCUACCUCCAACUUCUACUCCCCUCUCCCUAGCUACCGAGGAUCCCCCAGUGUUUGGGGCAUGCAUCAUUACCCCCUGAGAAACUCUUACCCAGUCCCAUCAUUUACACCCGUCACUACGCCACCUUGGAAUGUUCCUUACCAGCCAAUUGACAUUAAAAGAGAAGACUGCACUUCAGAUACACCUCUAAACCUGUCCAAGGAUGCAGGCUGACGACUGCAUAGCCUGGCAAUAGCCUCCUGUCUGUGCCUUGCUUCAGCUGAAUGGUUCUACAUGCAGCCUUCCUUCAUUCUCUACUCUGUGUUCUCUCAUGUGUAAAUAUGUUAUUGUACAUGAACAAAUUAAUACUUUACGUUACUAUUUUAUAUGAUUUAAACAUAACUAUAACACUAUUAACAUUUGGUAUACUCCAUUAAUUAUAUAAGAAUCCUUAAAAAUUACUGUAUAAUCAUGAUGAAAUUACUUUUUAGCGAAUUUCCCAUAUAGGCAAUAUUAGCGAAUUCCCCAUAUAGGGAAUAAGCUAUUACCGUAGUACUCAUGGUAAGACCUGGACGCAGAACCGAUUUUACCAAUUUACUUUUUUGUUUUGAGGUCCCUAGAAGCCAAAAACGCCACCCGUUUAAAUUCAUAUAUAUAUAUAUUUAUAUAUAUAUUUUUAUAUUUAUUUAUAUAUAUAUGUGUCCGUUAGCACGAUAACUCAAGCAAAAAUGAUACGAUUUUGAUGAAAUUUAGCAUAAACGUGUAAACCUACAUUCAUUCAAACGAGUUCGCAACCAGCAUGAUCGGACUAUGGGAACGGGGAUUUAUGGGGGGUUUAUUGGGGUAAAAAAAGGUUUUUCCCAUUUUUGACCCUAAAAACACAAAAUUUCACAAUUCCUUUCCAAACCAUUUUGUAGAGCUUAAAAAAAACAAAUAAUUUAGUAUAUUGAAGCGUUAUUGUGCGCCUAAUGGUUACGGAGAAAAUUCCAAAAAAUUGUAAAUUUAAAAUUCCUAUGUUAUUCUUAAUAAUAGUUAAGGGGAAUAAAUCAACUGUUGUAGUUUGCUUGUUUAUGAACAUAUUUUGAUGGAAUUUGGAAAAUACAUGAAUUUUUCACUAAACUAUUAACAUUUUACAACAAAAAACACUUUUUUACCCUCCCUGUUGCAGCAAACCUAAGUACAGUACUCGUUAAACUAAUUCUAUUUAAAUCCUACUAAUAUUAUAAAUGAGAAAGUUUGGAUGUAUGUUUGUGACAAGUGAACGCGAAAAAUACUGGUCGGAUUGGGCUGAAAUUUGGCAUGAUGAUAGCUCACAUUCCCGAUUAACAUAUAGGCAUAUUCUUAUUUCAAAAAUCCUUUCGGGCUCCGCCCCAGUGGCUCUGGAGUUUCCCAUGUUAACCUUAUGAGAAAUGGAAUUAUUGGAUAUUAACAGCUGUUUCAAUUAAACAA